CUUUUUCUCAAUAUUUAUGAUAGUGGCUAGUGCAUAAGAUAUAGAAGAGCAUUUUGGCAAUAGGAUUGGCGGAUAUAUGACCAAAACAGGCAUAUAUUUGUCUUUUGGCACUUUGUGACGUCAUCAGCGUACUCUGAGGCAAAAUGGCGGAUACGUUUGCAAAGUACCACUGCAACUACUGUGAAGAGGAUGUUAAUGGACUGAGGGUACGCUGUCUGGAGUGUGAAGACUUCGAUCUUUGUUUACAGUGCUUUUCAUGUGGUGCUGAGAUUGGCAAGCAUAGACGAAAUCACGGUUAUCAAUUUAUGGAUACAGGAAACUUUAGCAUUUUCCCUGGUCAAGGCCAUUGGACUGCAAGAGAAGAAGUCAGAUUAUUGGACGCAAUAGAACAGUAUGGAUAUGGGAACUGGGAAGAUAUUGCUCGUCAUAUCGAGACUAGAACACCUGAAGAUGCAAGAAAUAAAUAUAUCAGCAGUUACAUAGAUGGCAGCAUUGGAAGAGCUUCCUGGAAACCAGCCCUAGAGAGAUUGCAGUUGCCAAUAGAACACACAUCUGCAGACACAGGGCCAUUAUCACCUACACUGGGUUCAUCUCUACCCUCACAGCCUCUGUCUUCCGAGGAGAACACCAUCCUUGGAUACAUGCCUCAUAGAGAUGAUUUUGAGAGGGAAUGGGACAAUGAUGCAGAAGCAACAAUAGCACCUCUAUUCAUCCAUCCAGUUGAUGAUGAAGAUAUUGAUAUGGCCCUUAAACUUGCACAGGUGGAUAUGUAUAUGCGAAGACUUCGUGAGCGUUCUCGAAGAAAACGUGUAGUACGAGACUUCCAGAUUGUGCCACAGUUUUUCAAGAAGGAGAAAGAAAAAGCACAAAUUCCACCAAAAAAGAAGAGUAAAGAUGACAGAGAUGCUGUAGCAGAAAAAUUACGGGCAGCUAGUCAGUUUCAAACUGCCAGUGAGCAUAACAAUCUUAUUUCCUCUAUGGUACGAGAAAGAGAGCUCAGAACAAGAAUAAGAGAGUUACUAAGGUAUCGGCGAAAUGGCAUUAGACAUGUAGAAGAGUGUCACGAAUUUGAGGUAGCUAGAUCACGACGAGAUAAAAAGAAAGAAAAUAAAAAGAAGUCACCGAGUAUUCACAACUUUGCCUUUCAUGCAGGCCAGCCUGCCUCAGACUCCAACGACUCAAAUGGACCUGUCUGUAAAGUCAAAAGAGCACUCUAG